AUGGCGGAUUUGGGGGCUCAGCGUGGCCGGAACUACCGGCCCUAUGGGACGGCCUCAUCCACGCAGCGAGAUGCUGCGUAUUCCGACAUCUUUGGUGGUGCGCCACCACCAGGUCGCUCACAGACUAUGAACUCGCAGACUCCCCAGUUUACUCAAGGUCGUGCCCACACUAUGUCGUCGCAAGUGACGCCGCCUCAGUUUAACCGGCCGCCGCCCCCGCCUACACGACAAGUGCCCAAUGGAUACGGACCAGCGCCAUCCACUCCAGUGAACGGUUAUCCUCCAGCCCCAUCUCCUGGAGGCUAUCAGGCUUAUAAUCCUGGAGGGGCCGCGACCAUGUCUUCGCAGCCGCCGCCCCGACCGUACCCCGGCCGGCCCGUGUAUCCUCGACCUCAUCGCGUGGAUUCUAGACAAGGACCGGCUCCUCAAUACUCGGAUCCUCGGGACUUCAGUCGUCCAAUGCCCCCUCCGGCAUUAAACUCAGAUGCGACAAGGUCUCGGUCCAUGGCGAAAUUGAGUGGGCCGCCCUACCAAGCAGCACCACUUCCACCGAGCAAUUUCAACCACACCUCGGCGAUCGCUUCUCGCCGAGAACCAUAUCAUGCGGGCGCCCCGUCAAUGACUCAACUAGGCCGUCCAGUUCCCGAAAGGCACACCAAUGAGCGAGCUAUGUCUAUGACCACUUAUGCGUCGGCGCCAGAUCACACUCACAUCAUGGGCAGUGGACGACAAAUUCCGCAUCGACGACCCCCAUCUGGUCACGAGCAAUCCGUGCCAGCCAGAUUUGAUUCAAUGCCAACAGCUGUCGCGGAUGGGUUUGUGAACAACAACCGCCCACCUAGUGAUGCUUCAACGCGGUCUCGUACCAUGUCCAUGGCAUCAACUGUCAUGCCGGAUCGCACGAUGAGCGUAGUGAGUCAAUCAACCCAGAUUUCUAACGGGCAAGUAACCUUGGUUUCGAGCGAUUCGCAACGCAAAGUACCUGUUGUUUACCCCGCUCUGCUUUCUCGGGUUGCGGAUAUUUUCCGUGAGAAAAUUUCUCUGGGUGAGCGCCAGAAGAACGCGCUGUCAUAUCAAAACGCUUUCUCCGGUACUGAUGCUGUGGACUUGAUCGGUUCGAUCAUUCGAACACAUGAUCGGAAUCUUGCUCUGCUUCUGGGUCGAGCACUCGAUGCUCAAAAGUUCUUCCACGAUGUCACAUACGAUCAUCGUCUCCGAGACGCCCCAGGUGAGGUGUAUCAAUUCAAAGAGACCAUGGGAGAAGACACACUAGGAUCGGAAGUCAAUGGUGUUUUUACUCUUCUGACCGAAUGCUACUCUCCUACUUGUAAUAGAGACAGUCUCUGUUAUUCAAUUGCCUGUCCCCGACGAUUGGAACAGCAGGCUAGAUUGAAUCUGAAGCCUCAGCCGGUACUGAGUACUACGGGCAGCAAGGGUAGUCUGCACAUAGAUGACGAUGAUGAUAAUGACAAUCAAAAGCUUUGGAUCAACAUGGUGCCCAAGGAAAUUUCUGACGCUAUUGAUGACCGCGAAAAGAAACGGCAAGAGAUUAUCUUUGAGAUCAUGUAUACCGAACGCGACUUUGUCAAGGACUUGGAGUACUUACGAGAUUUCUGGAUGCGCCCCCUGCGUGCUGCUGGUCCCAAUCAAACCUCCCCGAUUCCAGAGCACCGACGAGAAAAGUUUAUUCGGACGGUGUUUGGGAAUUGCUUGGAAGUCUUGAAAGUCAAUGGUGGUCUCUGUGAGGCUCUUAAUGCGCGACAAAAGGAAAGCCAUGUUGUACAGACUGUUGGUGAUCUAUUCUUGCAGCAUGUCCCUCGAUUUGAUCCAUUCAUCAAAUACGGUGCCAACCAGCUUUACGGAAAGUACGAGUUCGAAAAAGAAAAGGCCUCCAACCAGGGCUUUGCCAAGUUUGUCGAUGACACCGAGCGCUUGAAGGAGUCCCGAAAGCUAGAGUUGAAUGGUUAUCUCACUAAGCCUACAACACGUUUGGCCCGAUAUCCUCUUCUCCUCGAGUCGGUUUUGAAACACACUGCCGAUGACAGUCCCGACAAGCAAGACAUUCCUGAAGCAGUGAAGAUGAUUAAAAGCUUUUUGUCUCGCGUCAACACAGAAAGUGGAAAGGCCGAAAAUCAUUUCAACUUGGUGCAGUUGAAUGCUGCAUUGAAGUUUGCCCCUGGUGACUAUGUUGACCUGAAGCUCACAGAGGAGAACCGUCAAAUGCUCUCGAAGAUGGCCUUUAAAAAGACUACUGCAGAGAGCUCGGAGGUUACCGCAUAUCUCUUCGACCAUGCAGUGCUUCUUGUUCGCAUUAAGAUCGUGAACAAGCGGGAAGAAUAUCGCGUAUACAAAAAGCCUAUUCCUCUUGAGCUCUUGGUGAUUGCUCAAAUGGAUGAGGUCAUCCCACGUCAAGGAAUCGCAAAACGGCCCUCGUCUAGUCUCCUGCCCAACAAGACUGCUCCAAACCCCCCUCCCGCCAAAGACGGUGGCUUGCCGAUCACCUUCAGACAUUUGGGCAAAGGCGGCUACGAGCAAACCCUUUAUGCCACAUCCCCUACUCAGAGACGAAAGUUCAUUGAAAUGGUUGAGGAGCAACAGCGGAAACUCUGGGAGCGCAACAGUAACUUUUACAACAAGACAAUCCUUUGUGAGAACUUCUUCUCUGCUAUUAACCGGGUCAACUGUCUUGUACCAGUUGAUGGAGGUCGAAAGUUGGUGUAUGGCACUGACAGCGGUAUCUACCUCUCUGAGCGAUGGCCUAAAGACAAAUCCGCAAAGCCUCGACGGGUGCUCGAGGCCAGCCAGGUCACACAAAUCGACACAUUGGAAGAAUACCAGUUGCUGUUGGUCUUGGCAAAUAAGACUUUGACGUCUUACCCAAUGGAGGCUCUUGAGUUAUCAGAGGGUCAGAAUGCUAUCGCUAAGCGUCCGAAGAAGAUUCAGGGUCAUGCAAACUUCUUCAAGGCAGGCAUUGGCCUUGGACGCCACCUUGUGUGCUCGGUCAAGACUUCAGCCUUGUCUAGUACUAUCAAGGUUUACGAACCUAUGGACAACUUGGCGAAGGGAAAGAAGAAGUCUGCUGUUAGCAAGAUGUUCCAGAGUGGCCAGGACACAUUGAAGCCCUUCAAGGAGUAUUAUAUCCCAGCGGAAUCUUCAUCAAUUCAUUUCCUGCGGUCAACAUUGUGUGUUGGUUGUGCUCGAGGUUUUGAGGUUGUCAGUCUUGAAACUACAGAGACUCAGUCUCUUCUGGACCAAGCUGACACCUCCCUUGACUUCGUCGCUCGUAAGGAGAACGUCAAGCCCAUUCAUAUCGAGCGUAUGAAUGGCGAAUUCCUUCUGAACUAUAGCGAUUUCUCAUUCUUUGUUAACCGCAAUGGAUGGCGAGCUCGACCCGACUGGAGGAUUUCAUGGGAGGGUAACCCGAACGCGUUUGCGCUCUCUUAUCCAUACAUACUUGCAUUCGAGCCCAACUUCGUUGAGAUUCGACAUGUCGAAACCAGUGAACUGAUUCAUAUUAUGACUGGAAGAAACAUUAGAAUGCUGCAUUCUUCCACUCGUGAGAUCAUCUAUGCAUAUGAAGACGAAAGGGGUGAAGAUGUGGUGGCUAGCUUGGACUUCUGGAACAAGCCUCAGCACUAA